GAGCGCUAUAUAAGAAAGCAAGGUGAGCAGAACUGAACUGACCAAAGAAGGGCAGCCGGGCGCUCCACAGGCAAGUCAAGAGCUCGCUAGGAACGCCCACCCCGCAUCUGCUGUGUUUACCUACAGCCGCCAGCAGACGGAGGAGGAGGAGGAGGGAGUGGAAAGGGGGGGAAAAAAUAAGGAAAGUUACACAGGACGGGAGAGCCUGCCUACAAAUCCGAAACUAGAAGGAGAAGGCGAAGCUUUCGAGUGUCUGUCGGGGACCCCGCAGUGAGCCGCAGAUGGAAAAUCGUAAGAAAGGAGGAAUGAAUCCGGCAGCAGAGGACUCGGUGGACAUGUCCUUAACCGGUGGAGAAAGCAGACAAGGGGAAAGUCCAAAAGGGCGAUCAAACAAGUCGGAAGGCUGUAAAAGGAUCAUCAUAUUCACGGUGCUUCUCCUAAUCCUGAUCGUACUAAUCAUUGGGCUGUUGUUUGGAUUGAGAACUCGCUGUAAAGAUGAACAGUACUCUUGUUCCAAAUCCCGCUGUGGAGAAACGAGUACCCCGACUUCUUUCUUUUGCUCCUGUGCUGCUGAUUGUUUAGACCGGGGAGCCUGCUGUACAAAUUACAAUAAAGUAUGUCAAGGUAAAGCCUCUUGGAUGGAAGAGGAAUGUGAAGACACUGAAGAACCCCAGUGCCCCCCAGGGUUUUCCCAGCCGCCUGUAAUCCUUUUCUCUUUGGAUGGCUUCAGAUCUGAAUAUCUGGAAAGAAAGACUAUUAAAGUUCCGGCAAUUAAAAAAUUAAAGUCUUGUGGAGUAUCGCCAUCAUAUAUGAUACCAGUAUACCCAACAAAGACAUUUCCCAAUCAUUUCACCAUUGUUACAGGCCUGUAUCCAGAGUCUCAUGGCAUCAUUGACAAUCGCAUGUAUGAUCCGAGUCGAAAUGCUUCUUUCAGCCUUAAGGAUAAGGAGAAAUUUGUUCCUUCUUGGUACCUGGGAGAGCCUGUCUGGUUGACCGCCAAGUUCAAUGGUUUGAAGAGUGGUACGUACUUUUGGCCUGGCUCUGAUGUAAAUAUUAGUGGAUCCUUCCCGGAUAAGUACCUGAUAUUUAACAAGUCCAAGGAUUUUGAAGAAAGGCUUUAUACCAUCCUGCACUGGUUGGCAUUACCCAAGGGAGAAAGGCCAGACUUUUACACUUUGUACCUGGAUGAACCGGAUACCUCGGGCCACAGAUACGGACCAUCAAGUCGUCAAGUGGAAGAUGCGUUGAAAAGAGUCGACAAAAUAGUGGAAAUGCUAAUGGACGGACUCAAGCAGAUGAAGCUGCAUAAAUGUGCAAACAUUGUCCUUGUAUCUGAUCAUGGCAUGGAAGAAUCUACCUGUGAAAAAGCAGUCAUCCUGUCCAACUUCAUACCCAACACCGACGACUUUGUGAUGAGGACUGGUGCUGCAGGCCGCUUGAUGCCCAAAGACCUCUCCGUAUAUAAUACUUAUGACUACAAACAUUUAAUGGACAGCCUAACAUGCAAAACCAGCGAUCAGUCAUUCACACCCUAUAUGAAAGAGAAUCUGCCAAAGCGUUUCCACUACGCCCACAGCCCCCGAAUUGGGCCACUUAACUUUUACACGAAGGCAGGCUGGCAGGCCGGACUGGUAGCGAAGGAUGUUUAUUGUUCAGGGGGUUUCCAUGGUUCGGAUAAUUUGUUUCGAAAUAUGAGGGCUAUCUUUAUUGGCUAUGGACCCCUCUUUAAAUUUAAAACCGAAGUGGAACCAUUUGAGAACAUCGAGGUCUAUAAUCUGCUUUGUGACUUGUUGAAUAUCGUGCCCGCACAAAACAAUGGCACACAUGGAACUCUGAACCAUUUGCUUAAGAAGCCCAUCUUCAGUCCAGCCUUCCCCAUGGAGGUGUUAGGUCCUUAUUCUUGCCCAUUUAAGACCACUUCCGUCGUGUACAAUACGAGUUGUAACUGUGAUAAUAUGAAUAAAACACAGGAAGAAACCUUGAACCAGAGCUGAACCUGCAGUCAAGUGAAGUGGCAGCAACCAACAAGAGCAACAUGCCAUACGGAAGACCAAGACAUCUUCUGCCUGGAGCGUACUGCUUAUUAUAUCAAAGGGACUAUGUGACAGGGUACAGCAUGAUGUACAGGACGCCUCUGUGGAGUAGCUAUACCAUUCAACCCAAAGAUCUUUCCCACCAAAGUACUGCCAGUUCUCAGCAAAGCUCCGACUGUGUACGGCUUGACCCUCGGUUAUCUGACGAAUACCAUGGAUGUGAAAUCUAUCGACAUAAUCCCAACAUAAGCGCUGGAUUUUUGCAUCCCCCUGAUUUUAGCUUUGCUGAAAAGCCAGCCAGAUUCCCUCUUAAGCAGCAACUUGGUGCCCGCUGUAUCCCAAUUUCAAAGUCAUUUGGUUGUAUCUUCACAACAUCUUCCUCCCCAGCUACGCCAAAGGGAAAAAGGGUGUGAAUGUGAUCAGCGGACAAGCAUUUGACAACAACUUUGAUGGACUUGUGGACUCUUCGGAACACAUGAAGUGGAACACCGGAAUUGCUUUUCCAACGCACUAUUUUGUUAUACUGUCCAGCUGUAAGACUGAAUCUGAAUUGCCGGAAGCUUGUGAGGAUUCUCUGGAUGUUGUGUCAUUCAUAUUACCACACAGAGCGACCUAUGAAGAGAUUUGUACAAAAAGCCCCGACCAACGGUGGAUUGAAGAUUUCCUCCAUUUGCACGUGGCACGCGUGAGGGACAUCGAGCUCAUCACGGGGCUGAGCUUUUUUCAUGAUAGGAAAUGGAAUAUGGUCGAGAUGUUACACCUGAAGACGUAUUUAAAAACCUUUCCAGAAAAUGAACAGUAGUAAUUCUGGGGGAGGGGGAGGACAGUAUUUUAAAUUUUUAUAUUACUACUGUUUUUAAUUAGAAACUCUUUUUUUUAUUGUCAUGGACCCAACUUUUCAUAUUUCUCAGGGACACAAUGAACGUAACAAGCAUGAUGUUUUUGUUCAUUUUGUAUUUGGCGCAGAGUUAGUCCGACUGUCACGAUGUCGUCUUAUGAAAUUCUAACGGAAGAAGACAUUGUCAUGGAGUGCGCAUAUGACAUU